AUGGACAUUGUAAAUGGAUUUGAAGAUGUGAGGCUCAUAUUAAAAUUUGUUAUGAAAAUGAUGAAAUCCCUGUUGGGUCUUAAAAUAACUGGUAUAACAACUGGUGUUGGUGAUGAUGGUUGUGAAACUGGUAACAUAGUUGGUUGUAUGGAUGGUCGAGAUGGAGGUGAUGGAAAUGGCAGGAAUAGUAGUUAUGAUGGUGUUGGUCGUGAUGAUUACACAAACGACAAAAAUAACGGUGAUGAUGGUGUUGGUGAUGAUGGUUGUAAUAUCGGUAGCAUGAUUGGUGGUAAUGAUGGUUGGGAUGGAAGUGAUGGUGGCAGAAAUAGCGAGAAUAUUGGUGAUGAUGGUGUUAAUGAUAUCGGAAAUGGCGGCAAUGAUGGUAUUUGGGAUGAUGGAUGUAAUAUCGGUACCAUAUUUUAUUGUGGUGAUGGUCGAGAUGGAGGUGGUGGUGGCAGAAACAGGAGGAAUAUUGGUGGUAUGUUUAGUUGUAAUAAUAGUCUGAAUGGAGGUAAUGGUGGCCGAAAUGACAGGGAUGGUGGACAUGGUGGCAGAAAUUGCGGGGAUGGUGGUGAUGGUGGCAGUGGUAAUGGUGGUGAUGGUGAUGUUGGUAUUGGUUAUAAUAUUGGUGGCAUGUUAGGUUGCAAUGAUGGUCAGGAUAGAGGUGAUGAUGGUAGUUACGGCCAUGAUAGGGGUGAUGGAAAUUAUGGUAAAAACAUUGGCGAUAGCAAUGAUGGGGAUGAGCGUGGUUGUGGUAUCAAUGAUGGCGUAUCAAGGAUCAUAGUUAAUAAACUCAGUAGUAAUAUCAAAUGUUUUUGUAAUGAUAACAAUAAUGGUGGAAAUAGUAGUAGUGAUUAUGGUGUUACAAUGAUGGUUUGCAAGAUUUUUCCAAUCGGUGUAUUUUCGGACCACGACUAUGCCAGUGAUGAAAGCUGA